GCAGUGUGAGUGGUUUCCUGGAGGACAGGAGUCGCUGUGAUUUCUUCCUGGUUCCUGCAGCACUUUGUUUUGUUUGGGUGGAUCAGCGCACAGCUCAGCAUGACAGAAACUCUCACUCUGCAGCUGUAGUCACCUUUUUCCUCCACUUUUAAACACCUUGUUACCUGAGAAUAUGUCGUCUGCUGAAGUUUUCACCCCACAGCCUGACUCGGUGAAGACGGACUAGUGAGUUCUCCGUGAUUUCAUCCUGACCUGAGACACCUGUUGCUCCAGUUUCGACACACAGGUGCCACAAAGGGAGCAGCUCCGGGUCGGGGAACACAGUACACUUGAGUUAAUAUCUGAACUGUCUCUGAAGCUAUUGUAGAUUACAGUUAACAUGAAAGUGACGGUAACUUUCGGGGAUACUGCCGUGGUGGUUCCCUGUAAAGCUGGAUGGACAGUCCGGGAUUUAAUCGAUCAGGCGACAAGGAGAUACCGCAGGAUCGUGGAGAAGGAGGUAGGAGGAGAGGGAGAAAAAGAGCUGAGGACAGGAAGAGAUGAAGUGCUCUGGAGGACAGGUUUGAAGGAUGGGGGGACUGCAGUGAAGACCCACCACUUGGAGUACAUGGACGGAGGGAUUCUAGACAUGGACGACAUGCUGAGUGAUCUGGUGGAGGACAGAGACAGGUUGGUGGCGAUGUUCGAUGAAGUCCAGCGCAGCAGGAUGGACAGUCCCAGAGAGAGCAUGUCCAACGGCUUCUCCAGCGCCACCGCCAGCCCCGAGCCCAUCACCUACUAUCCACACCUGGAGUACCUGGAGCCGGACAGAGGGGAGAUCGAAGUCAACGAGGCCAGUCUCAAAGCAAGUCAACCUAGUUCAAAGGCCAAAGCUAGUGACCCUGAGGUUCCUUCACACGGCCGGGCUGCGCCGUCGGGGCUGGGAGCGGUGGGAGGAUUGAUGGAGGCGGAUUUGACCGGAUGGAUACAUGGAGGAGGAUUUAUGGGGCUGACCGCCGGGUAA